CAAAACGAGGCUGACUGCCAUCUUGAUCACGUUGUUCCUAAAAUUGAUGGAAUAAUAGAAGCCGUGUACAAGUAACAAAUACAAGUUGAGGUAUCUACGACAACAAUCUGCACCACAAAAUGGCAUACAACAAUGGAAAUGGUUCCAUUGGGGGAAAAACCAAAUUGAUUAUCAACUAUCUUCCACAAACUAUGACUGAUACCGAGUUUUCCUCAAUGUUCCAAGCGAUCGGAGAAGUGAAAAAUACAAGGAUCAUGCGAGAUAAAAGUAGUGGAUAUAGUUAUGGCUAUGGAUUUGUCGAGUAUCUUAGUCCUAUGGAUGCUGUUAAGGCCAUAGAAACUCUCAAUGGGUUGCCUGUGCAACAUAAGCGACUGAAAGUUGCAUACUCUAGAGAUGAUGCUGAUUCCAAAGGUGCUCGUUUAUAUGUACGUAAUAUUCCACUUGAUGUAACUGAAGAUCAGUUUCGGGCAGCUUUCAGCCCAUUUGGUUCAUUAAUCCAAUGCAGAAUGGUCCGAGACACCAACACCCAGCGUUUCAAGGGAGAUGGAUUUGUUAUCUAUGAUAAGCGUCAGCAAGCCCAGGCAGCCAUCGAUGGACUUACCGACAUAUGUCCUGAUGGAUUCAGUAGUCCAAUGAAUAUCCAGUUUGCCCAAGAUAGUGCAGCAAAGGUACGUCCUCCUCCAGGGGCUGCAGCCAGAGGUAGAGGGAGAGGUGCUGGAGGAUUCGGUGGUGCCGCUGGAGGAUUUGGUGUCCGAGGAGGAUACGGAGGAGCAGGUGCAGGGGGAUUUGGAGCGGGUGCUGGAGGAUAUGGUGCAGGAGCAGGGGGAUAUGGAGCAGGUGCGGGGAGAUAUGGCGGUGUUGCUCCCCUUAGUAGUUUUGAUUACUCUGAAUAUGAAGACCCCAGUUAUAGUGAAUAUUAUGAAGACACUGAUUAUAGUGACACUGGCUACAACAGCUUCUAUGGUUCAGGUACAGGCAAAGGACGAGGUGGUUAUGGAGCUACUGCCCCAGCACCAAGUCGUGGUGCACUAGGUGGCGCCACUAGGGCACGUGGUAGAGGACGAGGACUGGCAGCUGGAGGUGGUGCAAUGAGAAGCAGCAUGGCGUACAAUCGCUACAACCCAAUGGCAGCAUCAACCUUGAAAUCUGAUGUUUACUCCGAAUCUUACCCACCAUAUACCCCAGGUCCUGCAGCUACAGAUGAGGGCCAUAUUCUGUUUGUGUAUAACAUUGGUAGUGAUGCCCAGGAUAGUACACUAUGGCAGUUAUUUGCACCCUAUGGGGCUAUAUUGAAAGUAGAUACCAUUAUGGACAAAGAAAAGGGAAUAUGUAAAGGCUAUGGGUUCGUAACAAUGAGGAAUUAUGACGAAGCAGAGGCUGCAGUUGGAGCUCUUAAUGGAUACCAGUUCACUGCUAAACCUCUCCAAGUCUCAUUCAAAUCUGACAAAAAGAAAUAAAUUCAAGUGAAGGUUGAUAUACUGUACCAGUGACUCACAGUCUAAGAUAUCCCAGACAUGAAUUCUGAAACAUUACAUAUUAUUUGUCUAAAGAAGAAUGUGACCUGAGAGUAUGUAUGUAAUAUAAUAUCUGAAUAUUAGAAUCCAGCCUCUUAGGCCUGUGUAUGUUACCCAGAGACAGUUCAUUCACUCAAAAUAAAGCAUAGCUGAUUAUUUUAGUAUUCUCUACAAUAAUUAUUUUUCACUACUUACAUUGUAGUUUAAGAUCAUCAUGAAUUUUAAGCUUAAUAUAAUGCAGAUUUAGAGGUUAUAAUAAAUCUACAGUACAGUAUAUUUGUUUUUCAGGGGCCAUUUCUAAAAAUUACAAGGAUUAAUUUGAAGGAUAACAUUUUUGUAAAAUCCUAGAAAGGAACACAUAAAGAGAAAGGCAUACCGUACAAACAAUAUAUUUUGUUUCUAGAAAUGGUCCCCCAAAUUAUCUCUUCCUGUUUACUGUCUGGGUAAUUGUUCUGUCAUCUGGUUUCUAUUGAACUUGACUCUUAGAAUGUCUUAGCAUACAGAGGUGAAUGGCGGGUUAAGUU